CACAACACUGGCUGCAACGAACAGCUGAUGACAUUUGAUUACAUUUACGUAUAAACGCGGAAGUGCAAUUAGUUUUUAAUUUGUUUUCGUAUAUUUUGUUAAUUUAUUUAUAAUUUAUCACAUUGCAUUUACAUAUGUACAUUGUGUGAGUGUGUAUUGCUUAUUGGAGACAUUUAUAUAAAUAGUGUGGGCGUUAUGCUUUUACUUAUCGGUCGCUAUCUGUCCAGCAAUAAAUUUCUUUUAUUCCUCAUAAUCAUUUUGAACCUACGUGAUUUCCUGGAGCACAUGCACACAAUGGAAUACAAACGCUUACCUCUUGAGCAAGUCUACAGCAAAAGUCUACUUAAACAGUGCAACGAUAUUAUGGAAAUGAUUGAGUUCGACCACCAAUCAAGCACACACAACAUCGCCAAUCAUCUGGCGUCCAACGCGGGCAGCAGUCGUAAGACGCAAAUAUUUCGUCGAAAAGACGAUGAUGGCAAAAUAAUUGCGAAAAGCUAUCCGAAGAAUGCAAAUUUCAUACAGAGACUCUCAUUCCCAUUGAAUAGUGAUACGUUAAAAAGAGAGUUCCUAAUGCGCGCCAAUAACUUUGACUUACAAUUCUGUCCACAUGAGAGUAUAGACCGAUUCGUGUAUUUUCUAAGCAACAUGAGCGGGCACAAUGAGACAUACGUCUGGCUACUACUGCUCACCAACGCACAGCUGAUUUUGCAUAGUCACCUGGAAGAACAAGGGUUUCCCGUGCCGAGAUCGUAUGGUUUAUGUGGUUAUACGCUGUAUCAGGAGCAUGUCGGCGAUACACUGGAGGUGUUCAAAAACGCUAAUUUCGACAUCAAACUGCGUAUUGCCAAACAACUACUUGAGGCAGCUUUGAAAUUUACCAACGGUUUCAGGGAUUAUCACAUUUACAUAACCGAUUUAACAGCAGACAAUCUAGUCUACAAUGUUGAACGGGACAAGCUCUAUUUCAUUGAUCUGAAUACCGCGUACAUUGUUGAUUCGAGGAGUGUGUUGUUUAGAGAAAACGUAGACAAACAUGAGCUGAUUGAGUGUGAUAAUUGUUUUGCGUUCGUGCCGGAUCGUUUGUGUUCGUAUAGUGUGAGUGACUUGAAUUUACUGUCAGCAUGUCUGUUUUUACGCGAAGACUUGAAAGGUGAUCGCACGAAGGGUUUUCUCAAACCAAUACCAUCGGAAAUAACAGUGAAAUAUCCAAAUUUGGAAUGGCUACUUGAUAACUGUGUCUCAGGUGUGGAAGGCGAUCUCACAGGAACGAUUCAGGAAAUGUCACGCUUUCGUUCGACUCUCACGUUAAUUGAGUUGAUAGGAGAAAUAUUGAACGAUUUUUAGGUUAUGAUGUAAUACAAAAUAUUAAAAAAGAAAAAUUAUGUAAAUUUUAGCUAAGCUUUAUUGUAAUUUUAUACUAAAUGUAACUAUACUAAGUGUAUGUUAAAGAGAAAACUCGCGGUGAUAUUUAUAGUUUAAGUGGAAAUAAAUGUUAAUAUUUAAUAGCAGUAAUUUUUAUACG